CACUCCCACAUUCGUUAAAUGAAACGGGAAGCCCUGCGCAAUCGACCAGGAAAAGUAGCACCCAUUCUCGCCAGCCGGCGUUUAUUCGCUCGGAUACUGUCAAAGCUGGAAGAAUGGCGUGCUUUCCCGGGUACUAGCACUAGUUACUUAUAAACAGUCCUCGGUUAAAAUGACUGAGCAUUUCUGGAUAUACUGCCCUGUCAAGUGUGCAAACUACGACGCAGAAGAUGGAAAAUAUUCCAAAAAUUCGACGGACAUCAUUGGUCAAAAUAUUUUCUUACAUCCCCGAAGUGGUUACUUGGAAUAACACAUAUGACUAAACGAACUUUGGUUAAAUAAUGCAAACGUGGAAUGUUCUGUUUGAGCACGGCAGCUUUGAUGAUAGUCCCCAAAGAAAUGGGUGACUUCAAACAAAUGUAUCCAGGAUGGAAUUAGCGGACCCGAGUUCUCCAGCGCAAAACUCCUCCGUGGAUACUAAUGACACGAGCGCACCGAGACCCCCACCACAUUCCCAGUGCGCAGCUGUGCUGAUCAUUCUUCUGGUCAGCGUUAUCAUUUUGGUGACAAUUGUCGGGAACGUGUUAGUUGUGGUGGCGGUGUUCACCAGUCGUGCGCUCCGUGCGCCCCAGAACCUCUUCUUAGUUUCUUUGGCGUCCGCGGACAUUUUGGUCGCCACUUUGGUCAUUCCAUUCUCGCUCGCCAACGAGGUGAUGGGCUACUGGUACUUUGGAAGCACCUGGUGCGCAUUUUACCUCGCGUUGGACGUUCUGUUCUGUACCUCAUCGAUAGUGCACCUAUGCGCCAUAAGUCUGGACAGAUACUGGUCCGUAACCAAAGCAGUGAGUUACAACUUAAAGAGGACGCCGCAGAGAAUAAAGUGCAUGAUCGCCGUUGUCUGGGUCAUAUCUGCCAUUAUAUCUUUCCCACCGCUUCUCAUGACCAAACACGACGAGCUAGAGUGCUUGCUCAACAACGAGACCUGGUACAUUCUCUCGUCGUGUAUGGUUUCAUUUUUCGCACCCGGUUUGAUCAUGAUUUUGGUUUACUGUAAAAUUUAUAGAGUGGCCAAGCAGCGCGCAGCGACUGUGUUCGUAGCUAAAAACAGCAUGGAGCGACAGCCCUCGCAGUCGGAGACAUGCUUCGUGCGUAAGGGCAAGUCUGAGAUGACCAGUCCGAGUAGCCACAGCUCUGCAGACCAGCGCAAAGGCGAGCUGGAUGACAUAGACUUGGAGGAGAGCUGCGUCUCGAAUAACAACCAGAAGAACCCCCGCUUUACCAAGGUCAGGAAAGUGGAGGGUGCGAGCGCAAGUCCAGAGCCAAACGGUGGUCUGUCGUGGGCAUCCAACCGUACCUCGGAAAUGUUUCAGGAGCGGAGAGCCAGGCAGCUCUCUUUGUCAAAAAUCAAACUUGCGCAGAUGCGCGAGAAACGUUUCACCUUCGUGUUGGCCGUGGUUAUGGGAGUCUUUGUGCUGUGCUGGUUUCCCUUUUUCUUCACAUACAGUCUCCAUGCCAUAUGCAGGGAAAGUUGCACGAUACCAGAUACUCUUUUCAAUCUCUUUUUUUGGAUUGGCUACUGCAAUAGCUCAGUUAACCCUAUUAUUUACACAAUUUUUAACAGAGACUUUCGGAAAGCGUUCAAAAAGAUAAUGUGUCACAAUCCGUCAAGCAUCUGAAUGUAGCUCAUGUUAAAGCGUAGUUUGUUCUGGACGCACACAGGUGUAUUCUGUUUACAUGGUCUUCCCCUUUUUGUUAAAAGAAGGAAAGUGAAAGAAAGAUUGUGCAUUGCGCGUGCUCAUGUGUGCUCAUGUGUAAAUAUUACAUUCGCAGUUAGAGCCCAAAAUGUUCCCUCUGGAAAGAAAUGUAUUGCUUUUAGAUGCGUUUUCAUCAAUAUACAACACAGUACUGCAUCGUUAAGGGACACUUGAAUUGAAAAUUGAAGGAGAAACUGGUGGCUCCUCUGAUCAGCUGAAUACCUUUAGGAAAUUAGAAAUUAUUCAAGCUAUCAUAU